CGACAGCCACAUCCAACGCUCUCCUCUCCCCUCUCCUCACCUCCAGCCCUCCUCUUCACUCAUCUGCUGCAGCCCUUCAUUCAUCUGGAAAUCUCAGCGAAAUCAAUCCUUUCUCAAUCACUGUUCUCUACCAUGGAUAACCCAAGGAGCAUCCUCUUCUGCUGCCAGGCCUUUUAUCGCCUGGUCCUCCUGAUGCUGACACUGGGCCAUGGCGUCCUUUCGAUGCCUGUUCCCACUGACGUCCCCAUGUGCACUGCCCCAGAAACAGCCCAGUACCGCCUCACCUUUACUGGCAAGUGGACUCAGGCAGCUUUCCCCAAGCAGUAUCCUGUGUACCGCCCCCCUGCACAGUGGUCCAACCUUAUUGGGGUGACCCACAGCUCCGACUACCACAUGUGGCAGCGUAAUGACUUUGCCAGUAACGGAAUAAGAGACUUCGCUGAGAAAGGCGAGGCCUGGACGCUCAUGAAGGAAGUUGAGGCGGCGGGUGAACGCAUCCAGAGUGUUUAUGGGAUCCUCUCGGCUCCCGCUGUUGUGGGAGGCACAGGCCAGAUGAACACCGAGUUCGAGGUCUUCGCCAGGCACUCCUAUUUGUCCUUUAUCGUGCGCAUCGUUCCCAGUCCAGACUGGUUUGUGGGCGUCGACACUGUUGACCUGUGCGAUGGCGACCACUGGAAAGAGAAUGUGUCGCUGGAUCUUUACCCGUAUGAUGCAGGAACUGACAGCGGCUUCACCUUCUCUUCACCCAACUUUGAGACCAUCCCCCAGGACAAAAUCACACAGAUCACCUCUUCCUUCCCCAGCCAUCCUGCUAACUCCUUCUACUAUCCUCGUCUGAAGCACCUCCCACCAAUCGCCAAGCUAAAGCUAACUAAGAUAAAGAAGACUAAUCAGAUCAUCAGUCUGCCAGUGGAGCCCACACAAUCCAACCAACUUCCAACUGGAAAUGAGAUCGAAGACAAGCUCAUAAAUACGCCUCUGGACUGUGAGGUGUCCGUGUGGUCUCCCUGGGGCUUGUGCAAAGGCAAGUGUGGAGAUUCAGGCGUGCAGCACCGCACACGCUACAUCCUAAUGCACCCGGCCAACAACGGAGCAGCCUGUCCCCUGCUGGAGGAGGAGAGGAAGUGCUUCCCGGACAACUGUUUAUGACUAGGCCAGGAAAGAAGGGAGAAGAAAGAGAGGAAGGAGAAGAGGAAGAAGGACAGGAAAUCCAGAAAAGGGAGAAGAGGACGCAAACGGAGCAAAAACAGUAAAAGGUCUGCUGUGUAUUUACACCAGGCGUAAAAAUGAUCUUCUCUUUCACUCCCUCCUUUAAUGAUUGCACCUUUGUCAAAAUGAAAUGACUGAUUUUAUUAACAGAUGAAUUAAAAUGAAAGAAAGACACUCGGAAGGAAGUUGUAAAAGCAGACUGUUCACUAUUAAAUCUGACAGUUCUGAAAGGUGUAGUGUGGCGAAAUUGCUAUUAGACACUGAUUCAGAUUUGACAGGUUAUUUUGUCUUAGGAGAGAAUGUGACUGAUUAAAAAAUUUGCAUUUACUGCAAACACAUUUCCCAUUUCACGUUGGUUUGUUCACAAGGGAUUAUAACUCCAGGGAGCUUCCAUUCAGUGGAUCUGAAAAAUAAAUCCCUAUAAAUGAUUCUUAAGAUCUAAAAUCCACAUAUCCAUGAAAUACUUAACAGAAAAAUGUUAAUAAUACUAGAGGAGACACAGGGGAAAUUGCAAUGCCUCGGUGGCUCCAUUAACGAAGUCUGUACGACUAGAAAAGUGAGUCAGGCAGAAAUAUUCACAGUAGCUCUGACUCUUUAAUGCCCAGCUACGUUUGCCUCCUGAUUGAAACGGUACAGCCUUCUGGUCAACAUAAAAUGAACAAUUCUCCUAAUGAAACAUUUUUGAUUUUUCUUUCUAACCCCUCUGAUUGUACGGUGACCCCUCACAUUUGUCUUGAGACUUUAUCUUGAGAGUUUUGAGGUGUACAACCACUGCUCUAAACUACACCACCUUCUACACUUUUCCAGAGGCAUUGUGGUUGUUUCCUAAAGGUACAAAAUAUAUUUAUUGACAGGAUUUUAACCUGUUGUGUACAGUAUAUCAGACCUGAGAGGAGUAUUUUAUAUUCUCCUGUGAUAUUUAGAUGUGAUGUGUUUGUUAUGAAAUACAUGUUUGUAAAAAAAAAAAAAAAAAAAAAAUGGAAAAAGAAAAUUGUAUGUUUUCUGU